UUCACAAUUCACCACAAGAGAGAAAGAAGGAACAGAUUUGUUCUUCACAGAAGAAAUGGCUACUGCAAAAGUCGCAACAUUUACUCAUCAACCCUCCUUCAUGGGGAUUUUAUUCUUGGUUUUGAUUUUCACGACAGCAGGACUAACAUCUGCACUGCAAGCACCGACUUGCUUGGGACCUUGUUCGGCCGUAUCCAACUGCCAAGCCAGCUGUGUUGCGAAAGGAUUUCCUAACGGAGGUGUUUGUGCAGGAUUUUUGGGAUCAGGGCUGGCAUGCUGUUGUUUUUAGUUGAAUUAAUUUAGAAACAUAUAAGGCAAUGUUAAGCCACGAAGGUUGGAUCAAGUGGUAAGCGACUUGUUCCAGCUUAAGUAAGGUCUCGAGUCUCGAGUUCGAGUCCUUGCGUACGCAGCAGUCUUUGUUGGGAGGCUCACUCACCAUUUUCAGGUGCGCGACCCGAGUCGGGUCCGGAUUAGUCGGGGCAAAGUUUGGGAUACUGAACAGGAAACCAAAAAAAAAAAUAUAAGGCAAUGUUAUAA